GAAAGUGUUGAGUGUUUGUUCAGGCACAGUCAUCUCAAAACAACCAAAAAACCCACAAACAUGAAGGUCUUCAUUGCUCUCGCUGUCCUCUUCGCCGUGGCAGUUGCUGCUCCCCCACAUGCAGUUGAUGCUGACCGAAAUGCCCAGAUCCUCCGCUACGAGAGUGACAACAUUGGUGUUGAUGGAUACAAAUUCGCCUAUGAAACCUCCAAUGGAAUUGCCCAGCAGGAACAGGCUGAGCUGAGGAAUGUUGGAACCGAACAUGAGGCCAUUGCUGUCCGUGGAUCCUUCUCAUACGUUGGUCCCGAUGGUGUGACCUACACCGUCAACUACGUUGCCGAUGAGAAUGGCUUCCAGCCCCAGGCUGCUCACCUUCCCCACGUCUAAGAAGUUCACCUUGGAACUUUCCCCAAAAAGGGAUAUCUUCUCAGCUAAGUCACUGCGCCACCACUGAGUCUGCAUUUUCAGGAUAGACCAAAUCAAGAUGCACCAAAAUGAAUAAUUUUUUUUCGUUGAAUUUUUAACAAACAAUUCAAACAUUUCUUCAAAACUCCUCUAAAAUUUUCCAAAAAAAAAAACCUCCUCUAGAAAAAAUCCAAACUUUCAAUGACGAUGCAACAGUUUUUAUAAAGUUGGUGCUUCGUUCAAUAGAAAUGAAAUAAAAAAAAAUAGUUAUUAAAAUCAAUUUUGUUUAAAGAAAAAGAA